AUGAGCUCCAGCGAAGAAGUCAGCUGGAUCACGUGGUUCUGCGGACUGCGCGGCAAUGAAUUCUUUUGCGAGGUAGACGAGGAAUACAUCCAGGACCGCUUCAACCUCACCGGCCUCAACGAGCAGGUGCCCAAAUACCGCCAGGCGCUCGACAUGAUCCUCGACCUCGAACCGGAGGAUGAUAUGGAGGACAACCCGACGAACUCGGACCUCGUCGAGCAGGCCGCCGAGAUGCUGUACGGCCUGAUACACGCCCGCUAUAUUCUCACCAAUCGUGGCAUUAGUCAGAUGGUCGACAAAUGGCGCGACCACGACUUCGGGACGUGCCCGCGCGUCUACUGCGAGAACCAGGCGAUGCUCCCGAUCGGGCUGUCCGACGUGCCCGGCGAGUCGAUGGUCAAGCUCUACUGCCCGCGCUGCUGCGACGUCUACGUGCCCAAGUCCAGCAAGCACCAGCAUACUGAUGGCUCGUACUUUGGCACCGGAUUCCCGCACAUGCUGUUCUUCGUCCACCCGGAGCUGCGCCCCAGGCGACCCACCAACUCGUUCGUGCCCAGGCUGUACGGCUUCAAGAUCCACCCGCUCGCCUACAACCUCCAGUACCAGCAGGCCCCAAAUGGCGGUCUGCCGCUGCCGAACGCGCAGCCGGGGGACGUGGCGGCGUCGCGUCAGCAGCAGCCGAACGUCUACGCGGCGCAGCAUGGAGACGAGCCGCUGGGAGCUGUCCGCGUCGGUGGCGCUGCUUUCCUGGAGCGCUUUCGCGCUGUGGCUGGUACUCUACAAGCUUUGACC